AUGCAAUUUGGAGGUGAUGUUAAUGGUGACAACAACAAGAAGCAAAAACGCAAGAUGGAGGAAACAACAACAGCAGAUUCAGAAGUGUUACUGUCUCUGAGUCUAGGAGGAGGUGGUGGAUCUUUUCCAUUCAAUUCCCUUAAGAACAAUGAAGAACAAAGGGAAUACCCAUGCAAGUUUUGCAACAAGAAGUUUACAAGUUCUCAAGCAUUAGGAGGACACCAAAAUGCACAUAGACGUGAAAGGGUGUUAUCAAGAAUGGAUAAGGAAUUUCAAAUGGGAACUUUUGGACUUCUUGGUGCUCAUCAAUUGUAUCCAUACUCACCCAUUCCAAAUCAUCAUCAAUAUGCAACUACCUCACCCUUUUUUCAUCAUCACCCAAAUAUGGCUCCAUCUUGGACUCAAUUUGUUGCACCUUCAAGCUAUGGAAACCCUUUUGGGACUCUCAACAACUCCUGGAGUACUCAAACUACUCCACAGAAUAGUAAUAAUAAUAAUAGUAAUAAUAAUAAUAAUAAUAAUAAUUUGGGAUUUGGUAAUUAUGAAAUUAAUAACCAACUACAGGUUCCUUCCUUUGGUGCUGCUGGUCUUAACGGCACUGUCUUAACGGGAAAUAACAAUAUUCCCUAUGUUGCUAAUAACCGUCAAAUUUCAUCCUCAUUCCCUGAUUUGUCCCUCAAUCUUUAG